AUGGCCACCAAGAUCAACACCCCUCGUGACCCUAACACUCUUGCAAACUAUAACUAUUGGCGCACAGUUCAUACCUUCACCAAGUUUGAGAUCGUGUUUGACCAGCAGAAGCUACAAGGCAGUGUCAUCCACAGCAUUAAAUCAAUCACGGGUGGCGAAACUGACGAGAUUCUACUUGAUUCAAGCCAUGUACAAAUCCACAACGUCAAAGCUGAUGGCAAAGCAGUCAAAUGGGAAUUCCUCCCUCGAGCAGAACCAUAUGGUAGUCCGUUGAAAAUUCAACUCAACCGAAAAGUCGGACUGGACGAGAGAGUCAACAUUGAAAUCGAUCUGGAAACAACUCCCUCCUGUACUGCUCUACAAUGGCUGACACCAGCUCAGACUUCGAACAAGAAACACCCAUACAUGUUUUCCCAAUGUGAAGCCAUUCACGCCCGAUCCAUUUUCCCCUGUCAAGACACACCAGAUGUCAAAGCAACAUUCGACUUUGAAAUCAGAUCCCCCCUCCCCGUCAUCGCGUCUGGUGUUGGCGCCAAAGACAACCCAACCUCGCCUUCGUCAGACGGUUCAGCACAACUGUUCAAAUUCCAUCAAGGAGUCCCCAUUCCCUCGUAUCUCUUCGCCCUUGCCAGCGGCGACAUCGCCACCGCCAAAAUCGGCCCUCGAAGCAUCGUCGCCACUGGGCCCGAAGAACUUCACGACUGCCAAUGGGAACUCGAAAAAGACACGGAGAAAUUUCUGAAAGCCGCAGAAUCCCUCGUCUUUCCCUACGUAUGGGGCGAAUAUGACGUGCUUGUCCUCCCUCCCUCCUUCCCCUAUGGCGGCAUGGAAAACCCGAUCUACACCUUCGCCACGCCGACCAUGAUCUCCGGCGACCGGCAAAACGUCGACGUGAUCGCACAUGAACUCUCGCAUUCCUGGUCCGGCAACCUCGUCACUAAUGCCUCCUGGGAACACUUCUGGCUCAAUGAAGGCUGGACCACAUACCUCGAACGGCGCAUCCAAUCCAUCGUGCAUGGCGGCGAUCGAUGGCGCGAUUUCUCCGCCAUCAUCGGCUGGAAAGCCAUGUCGGACUCGAUCGAGCAAUACGGGCCCGACCACGAAUUUACCAAACUCGUUAUCGACCUCAAAGGCAAAGAUCCCGACGACGCAUUCUCCAGCAUCCCGUACGAAAAGGGGUUUAAUUUCCUCUAUUACAUCGAGAAACUCAUUUCCAAAGAAGAAUUCGACAAGUUCAUCCCCCAUUACUUCGAGACAUGGCGUGGAAAAUCCCUCGAUAGCUACGAAUUCAAAGCGACUCUUCUGAAUUUCUUCAAGGACGACGACAAAGUUUCAACCAAGUUGGCCGAAAUUGACUGGGACACGUGGUUCUACAAGCCUGGACACCCGCCCAAGCCAGACUUUGACACCAGCCUGGUCGACGUCGCGUACAAACUCGCUGAACAAUGGGAGAAAUUCACGCGAAAUCCAAAUCCGGACUUUGGGCCUUCCAAAUUCGACGUGGAUGGCUGGACCGCGAAUCAACUGGUCGUAUUUCUCGAGUGUUUGCUCGCGUUCGAGAGACCCCUCCCCGUCCCGCAUGUGAAUUACAUGGGUUUUAUUUAUGACCUGAAAGAAACGCGGAACGUCGAAGUCUCGUCGCGCUACUACCAGGUCGCGAUGCAGAGUGGGGACUUCUCCAUCAAGGGCUUCGUGACCAAGUUGCUAGGCGAGGUGGGGAGGAUGAAGUUCGUACGGCCACUGUUUAGGGGGUUGAUGAAACUUGACUAUGAACUGGCUGUGCAGACGUUUGAGAAGAAUAAAGACUUUUAUCAUCCGAUUUGUCGGGCUUUGGUGGCAAAGGAUUUGUUUGGAACGAAGUAA